AUGGUUUCUGACGAGCACUUCGAGAUGUGCUUGCCUGUCCUGCAGGAUGCCACAUUGGAAGACGAGGACAAAACAGACAGGUUGGAGGAGCUCUUCCGCAAGGAGACCAAUCUCACCGGCACUUCUCUUGACAAUGCAAUAUUGGAUGCCCUCUGGCGCUAUCGCGAUAGCGGAGGCUCAUCAGCAUCGCCGCCUCCCAUAAGACCGGCAAUACUGCGACGUCCCUCUCCUGCCUCCUGGCGUGGCUCACCAACACCCAUGUCGGGCUCUCCAAGGCUCGCCGUGAGCCCCCUUGCUCCACCAGGAUUUGUUCCAUCAACCUUUGGCAGGACUAUAUCCUCGACAGUCUCACCAUUCUCCUCGCCCCGCGCUUCACCGCGCAUGGCUCUGGCAACACCUGUCAUUCCUCAUAGUCCAAACCUGAAUGCAUACGAAUUUGCGAGUGAUCCAACCCCUGCCACCGAGAUCUUGGGAGAAUACCAGACCGAGAACGUUGAAUGGCUUGUUAGCGAUGAUGCUGCUAGUGUAACUUCGUCUGUCAGCACCCCAAGCGCCCUGAAUGCUGCUGCCCCGGAGUUCUCCUCCAUGACGGCGCAGUCAGCCGAUAUGUCUCCAUACGACAUGCUGCGUUCCAUCCUCGGACAGACCAAGACGGACGAUGAGAUCGAAGCUGCUCUGGCACAGAAUGGCUACGAUCUCAGCGCGACCAUUGUCUCAUUUAUGGAGAGUCAGACCGGAGAUAAUCAACCGGGUGGUGUUUCACUGGAGGAACCCAAAAAUGUCUUGAUUGGAAAGUCGGUCGACCGUCCUUCUACACCUCUUGGACAACAAAAGUCUGGGGUUAUCUGCAAGUUCUACAUGUCCACCGGGCAGUGCUUGCGUGCCGAUUGUAGAUUCAGUCACGAUCUCAGUAAUCACUUGUGCAAAUAUUGGGUAAUGGGCAAUUGCUUGGCUGGAGAGACAUGCAUCUUUUCGCACGAUCCUGCCAAACUUAUGAACAAGCUUGCGCUCGAUGGCGCCAGCACGCCACCAUCAAAACAAGGGGGCUUGCAGCUAGGAGAUCUUAACUCGUUCCCCUCGCUCCGACCUGGCACCCCAGACCAUUUGAGUGGGUUUGCUGGUAGCAACAGCUUUCCAGGCGUAGGAAUAACACCGCCACCAGGCUUGAAGCAUUUCCAGGGAACUGCCAGUCCUCGUGCCCGAUCUCGUCCUGGCAGUCGGCAUCAGCCCAGGGAGCCUGAUAUCUCGGCACCUGCUCUGGAUGACAAUGAUGCAUUUCCUUCGCUAGGUUCUGCUUCCAUGAAGCAGGGCAAGAAGCAUCACGGCAAGCGAGGCGGACAUGGUCACGGACAUAAGGAGAACAUGGCCCCCAAUUCACUAGCCGAUAUUGUUAAGAUGUCACCCUCUCCCACCCCUGUUCGUCCUGAACUUAAGAAAAUGGGACGUAACGGAAGCUCAACAGUUGCACGAAAUGGAGAGAACAGUCCUGCUGCUCAAGCAAUCCCUAGUCCCAAGCAUGUCCCGUGGUUGGAGACUGGUGAGCGUGCCAAUAAGGCAUAUUUGAAGGCGCGCCAAGAAGCUCUCAAGCAUGGCGGCCUUCGCAACAAGUUUCUGCAAAGCGCUGCGCAGGCAUGGAAUCGCAAUGACGCCAGGGCUGCCAAGGCGCUCAGCCUGCGAGGACAAAGCGAGAACGACCUUAUGCGCAAGGCUCAUCGUGAAGCCGCAAGGGAAUUGUACGAAGAACGUAACAAGGACAACUCCCAAGGCCUUGAGCUAUAUGUCGACCUUCAUGGUCUCCAUCCUGAGGAGGCAGUCGAGUAUCUCGAAAAGAUUCUGAUGGAAAACAGCCGAGAAUCGCAGCCCAUUUAUGCCAUCACAGGUUCUGGACACCAUAGUAAGAACGGCAAGGACAAGGUUGGCAGAGCGGUCCGCAACUUUCUCAACGAGUGGAGGUAUGCGUAUCGCGAAUUUUCGGUCCCUGGAGACCGUAACAACAUGGGAGGCAUUCUCGGAAUCGAUGCUCGCAGCUGGGACAAGUCCCUCGCAAAGGACGGGGAGGGCGAGGACGAUAAGCAAGAGGUGGAUAUCCUGAGUCAGGGCGUCGAAAUCGGCGACGGCAAGGUCAGGCUCUUGUGUCUCAAGAGCUUGAUAACUGACCUAAUGUCCACCAUCAGCCUCGUCUUACUUGUAACGAACAAGGUUGUGGCGAAUAAGACAUGGCCACAUAGUUUAUAUCAUCACAACUCGAACAUAACUGCAAGCGGAACCCUCCUCAGACCGAACAUGCCUGCGGACUAUAACUCGGCCGCCCGGGCCCUCGCGCUCUCUCCGGAUCGCGGCUCCUCUCCCUCGCCAACCCGGCCGCCCUGGUCCGCCACAUCGUCGAGCCGCCGUCUAUCGAAUCCCCUCAUGGGCCGUCGUCGUGCGAGCAGUGGUUAUGCUGGUGGGGGGAGAACAAGCUUCGUGCGCCGCAUUUGGGGUUCGGUCAAUUUGCUCGGCGAGCAGGUCUUCAAGGUGUAUUUGCGCCUGUCGCCUCUUCAAAGGAUCCUCGCCCUUGCAGGCGUUGUAGCUCUGGGUGUACUUGGCAUUCUGGCAAUAGUAUACUCGCAUGUCUUUUUCAAAUGGCUCGAACCGAAAGCUGAAGCGUGGCGCGCUCUUCCGGGCGGUUGGAUACUGGCUUUCCUUCUCGUCUUUGUCACUUCAUUCCCGCCAAUUGUUGGAUACUCGACCGCCAGCACCAUCGCGGGCUUCGUCUACGGAUUUCCAUUGGGUUGGCCCAUUGUGGCAUCAGGAUGCACAGCUGGCGCUCUUUGUGCGUUCCUAGCCAGCAGGACCGUCUUGAGCAAGUACGUUGAUCGCAUGGUUGGUCAGGAUCACCGUUUUGUUGCCCUAGGCCAAGUCCUGCGCCAGGAGGGUAUUUGGUAUCUUACCGGCAUUCGAUUCUGUCCCCUGCCAUUCAGUCUGAGCAAUGGCUUUCUCGCUACCAUUCCUAGUAUUACACCGCUAGCGUUUACGAUCUCUACAGCUCUUUCAAGCCCCAAGCUUCUCGUCCACGUUUUUAUUGGUAGUCGACUCGCUCUCCUAGCUGAAAAGGGCGAUAAGAUGUCCGCCGGUAGCAAAGCGAUUAACUACCUCAGCAUGCUUCUUGGUGGCGCUGUUGGUCUUAUUGUAGGCCUUGUCAUCUACAGACGCACCAUGGCCAGAGCUGAAGAGCUUGCCCAGCAAGAAGGGUUGGACCCUGCUGGCGCAUCCGUCGAAGCGGGCGAAGCUGGCUACGUAGACUCCGAUAACUCACCUCUCAUGGAUCCCGAGGAUGCAGCUGUCCUUAUGUCGGAUGACGAUAUCUCGCUAUGGGAACGGGAUGACACCGAGGGCAGGUAUCAUGAUGAGGAUGAGGAUGAAGAUGAUCAAGACGAAGAUACAAAUAAGAGAGGGAAUCAAAGGGCUUGAGAUGACAUCUAUUAGGGAGACUUUGCGCAUAUUUGGCAAUGGCAAGGAAUAUUGGGUUACGUUUUAUUCUUAGUCUUAUGGAUUAGACGGCGUU